AAUGUUGGUUUGGGACUUGGCGGGGGGGUGGGCAUGCGGGCCAAGGCCAGGGUGGGCUGAAGGGGCCGUGCUCCGGAUGACGUCAGCGGACGUGGGGCGGGUGACGUCAGCACAUGCUAGGGUGGUAGAUGCUCUGGAGGGAAGGAUGAGGAAAGGGACGCGAAUUGCCCCCCCAAGCAUUGCUCAAAUUAAUCAAGCUGAAUCCCUCUUGGCAAGUUCCCGAAAGAUGUCGAACGAGUGCGUAGCAGACAAACGGGCUCGUCAUCCGGCAGCCAGACAUGAAGGGGGAUCUUCGCGGACUUGUCUAGCGGCCCCAAGAGUAACAGCAGGCAGCAGAGGUCUAAUGCAGAUGGUCAAGACUCUCAGGUUGAUUGGCAGAGGGUAGCUCUUCUUGAGCAUCUCAGUACCCAAUCGUCUAUGGGAAGCUGCGACACCACACACAGAAGCCAGACACGCAAAAUGUGCCGAUUGGACUGCAUAGUAGGCUUGCAUGCUGCAGGUGCUUUGGAUCCAAAUUACAAGCAGACCCAAUUGCGACUGGUUGCCAAUCGGAUAGCACAUUUGAAAGUCGUGCCUACGUCCAUCUGAUGGUGUCGUUCGGACUGGUUAAAUCUGCAAACUCUCUCAUAUGCUAAUUAGGACUUCAUGCAGCAGAGCAGCGCAAGCUCUUCGCUUGCUCGUCAUGCAACCCAGAAGCUAGAGCGUCACAACAAUAUGGAUUUGUCGGAUUUGACAGAGUUCAAAUGUACUGAUCGUUGAGCAGGC